AUGGAGGAAGUGAAGAAGGUAGUCCUCAAUGAAAACUGCUCAGCUGCUAUGCUAAAUAAGCUACCAAAUAAGAAGGGUGACCCGGGGAGUUUGACUUUACCUUGCCAAUUUGGCAACUUGGCUACCAUUCAUGCCUUAGCCGAUUCAGGAGCAAGUGUGAACCUAAUGCCAUAUUCAUUCUUCAAGAAGUUGGAUCUCCCAGAACCAAGGCCAAUUCGCAUGGCAAUUCACUUAGCAAACAAGACAGUCACUUUUCCACGAGGCAUAUGUGAAGACUUAUUGGUCAAAGUGGACAAGUUUGUAUUUCCUACUGAUUUCAUCAUUCUAGACAUGGAGGCGGAUCCCCAAGUCCCAAUCAGCCUUGGAAGACCCUUCCUCAACACGGCAAGUGCUAUAGUAGACAUGAGGGACUCGAAGCUGACCUUGCGGGUAGGAGAAGAUUCAGUCACAUUUGGGGUAGAUCAAGCUAUGAAGUAUGCAAGGAACAGUGACGACACAACGUUCUCAAUUGACAUGCUUGAUGAGUUAUUGGAGGAAUGCAUAAGCGAAGAUUCCAGCAAGUUCAAAAUUUAUGAUGAAGAAUUUGAUCCAGAAAAAGACUUAAUAGAGAUUGAAAGGCUGCUGGAAGAAGCUGAGUUUGAAGAAUUGUAUUUAUUUGCCAAACAAGAUGCCAAGCCAAGACUGAUACAAUGGGUGCUACUUCUUCAAGAGUUUGACAUAGAGAUACGAGACAAAAAGGGGAUGGAGAAUGUAGCAGCUGACCACUUGUCAAGGCUUGAAAACCCGCAAUUGCACGAAGAUAGAGUUGGCGAUGAUUUUCCGGACGAGUAUAUUAUGGUGACCGUGGGAGAAGAACCAUGUGGACAAACCGAAGUGACAAAUCGAGCUUUAAAGCGAAUCUUGGAGAAAUCGGUGGGGAGCAAUCGCAAAGAAUGGUCGGAUAAGCUAGACGAUGCACUUUGGGCUUUCCGUACAGCUUUCAAAACCCCUAUUGGUACUACACCAUAUAGGUUAGUUUAUGGAAAGCAAUGUCAUUUGCCGGUGGAGAUAGAGCAUAAAGCUUUUUGGGCUUUAAAGAUGUGA